ACUGAGAGCAAAGCCCCUCCAGUUAAACUCCUCUAUGUAAGGCAGAACCUUGUCUUGGAUCAUAAGACUUGCACCACAAGCAGCCUUCACUGGUAUCACAUCAAGAUGCUGAACAUCACGGAACCUUGCCUGCAGUUCUUGCCUUGCAGGAGCUCAGACCGUUUUCUGCAGCCAUUCUGGGAUUAUUUACUUUUUCACUAUAUGCCUCUCAUCUCAUCCCCAUUUUUCCCCGUCCUACUCGCCUUUUCUAGCUAUUUUUUCUUCAGCUUACCUUUUGCUGUGCUGGACCUCUUGGGAGAAAAGGUGCCUUUAUUCCAUCAGUACAAGAUCCAACCAAACAGGAAGCCAACUUUAAAAAUGAUGGGUGACAACUUCAUGGUUGCUUUUUAUAACCACAUCUUCUUUGUUUUACCAGCUGUAAUAAUCAGUAUUUUCAUUAUGCCUGCACCACCACUGCCACGAGAUGCUCCCACAGUAUAUGAACUGUUUAUUGAUAUGCUGGCUGUACUGCUCCUCUUUGACACUCAGUACUUUAUUUGGCAUUUCAUGCAUCAUAAGCAUCCUCAGCUUUACCGCUGGAUCCAUGCAGUCCACCACGAAUACAUAGCACCUUUCUCAUGGUCAAGUGAGCGGCUCAGCAUCCCAGAGCUGAUGACGGUGGGAUUCUGGAGCAACCGUGAUCCAGUUCUUCUAAACUGUCACCCGCUGACCACAUGGUGCAUUACAGUUUUUAGCAUCUGGAUGUCUGUUGAGGACCACAUAGGCUACGACUUGCCGUGGACCUUGAACCGCCUGGUGCCUUUAGGGCUGCUGGGUGGAGCACCAGCUCAUGACAUGCACCACCAGAGGCCGAGCACCAACUAUGCUCCUUUCUUCAGCCACUGGGACAGAAUUUUUGGCACGGCCGCCCCUUUGAAGAAAAAAAAUGAACUGAAAAGCAAAUAAGAACUGUUCUCUCAA